AUGGUCUGCCCCGGUUGUUAUAUCCCACAAAAACAAGUAAGAUUAAGAAGCCCGAGCUUUAAAAAUAUGACAAAAGGGCAGGCACAAGAAGUAUUGAGUGGUAUAAGGUUCAAGCCGUUGAACGAGGUACAAAAACAUGUCAAAUCCGACACCUGCUACCUCCACUUUUCAACGGAAGAAGAUCCGCCGCCUUGGGGUACUUCUGAUAGACGAGCUUAUUCCUGCUCGUCUAUCUUUGCUUUUUACAAGCUUUUAAAAAAUAAUUUGGACGUUUCUUCUUCAGUUAUUUUUUUUUCCAGAAUGGUUUGCGAAGGUUGUAACAAACCAAAUAAACAAUUUCGUAUGCAAGGUCUUGGAUCCAAUAAUAUGGCCAAAGGCCAAAUUAAAGAGGCGUUAGGUGCCAUUAAGUUUAAGUUGCUUAAAGAGGUUCAAAAAAGCUAUAAAUCCGACAUCUGCUACCUGCACUUCUCAACAGUUCAAGGCGCAGCAUUCUUUUAUAACGCUUAUCAUGAAAAUGGUAUUAUUUUGAACAACAUGCAUUACACCAUCUUACCCGCCCAGUUCCCUGACGGUACUGUGGUCAAUUAUUCCGCCGCAACACCUACAUAA